AUGGGGCUGCUGGAUAAACUGUCAGGCUGGCUCGGCCUGAAGAAGAAAGAGGUCAACGUUUUGUGUUUGGGGCUCGACAACAGCGGCAAGACCACCAUCAUCAACCAACUGAAGCCGGCCAAUCGUGCGAAUCAUGUAGGCCCAUUGUCAGAGGAGUGGAAACAUGUUAGUCAGACCCAGGCACAAGAAAUAGUCCCAACAAUUGGCUUCAACAUUGAAAAGUUCAAGAGCUCAAGCCUGUCGUUCACAGUGUUCGAUAUGUCCGGGCAGAGCAGAUACAGAAACCUGUGGGAGCAUUACUACAAAGAGAGUCACGCCAUCAUCUUUGUCAUCGACAGCGGAGACAAACUGAGGAUGGUCGUUGCCAAAGAGGAGCUCGAUAUUUUUCUCAACCACGAGGAUAUCCGCAGCAAAAAGAUACCGGUAUUGUUCUUUGCUAACAAGACGGACCUGCGGGACGCCAUGUCUUCUGUCAAGGUCUCACAGAUGUUGUCGUUGGAGAACAUCCGAGACAAACCCUGGCACAUCUGUGCCAGCAAUGCUAUCAAGGGAGAGGGCCUGCAGGAAGGGCUGGACUGGCUGCACGAGCAAAUUGCACAAUCACAUCAAAACAAUGAACAAAUGAACGACUGA